AUGUCGUUACAGACCACCGUCUUGGUCAAUGGGACGUGGGCCACGAGGACGGUUGAUAUUGGAGAACUCCUCUUUCGAAACCGUGAAUCGGACAGUAUUUUGGGAAGAGCAGAGAAGGCUCAAACACCUGCUACUGGAAUACUGUCCAGAACCCUUGCUCAAGGGCCUGCGGUUCAAUGGAUACUCCCAGCUCGCCUCAGACAUCAAGAUCAAAAUGAUGUUGUGUUCAUUGGUGAUAAGUUCAUCCAGAUCAAGGAACUAGUACCAAGCGGCCAUUUAGAAGAAGUGGUUACCAAGUCUGAUUUCGACUCCAGGAUUAUCGGUGCCAAAAUAAUUAACUCUCAACCAGGUCCAGAACUAGAGGAUCAAAUAAAGCAAAGUGGAAGAGUCUCAAGUCACUCUACUCAAGGAUCACAAGAUGAAGGAAAGGUUCCACCUCAUAUAUUGGUUCUAGUGCUAAGCUCAAAGGAAAUUCUUUUUAUGUUUACCAAGCCUGGAUUUCGUGGUGCUCCUGAGUUUGUUUAUUCUAGGCGCCCCUUGCCAGCAGAUACAAGUGCUCUCGAGGAAUAUGGAAGACACAUCGCUGUGGAACCACGGGCACGAGCAAUGGCCAUUUGUGCCGCACAAAAGUUCUUUGGUGUAUUCUCUCUGAAAUCUCCGUCUAUGAUUCAAGCAGAAAUGGCUCAAGGACCCGUAAAUCCUAUCAAGGAGGAGUGUUUCUUUCGUGCGGACGGUGACAUUUUGAGGAUGGAAUUCCUUUACCCAACGCCACCAGACAAUGACAGAAUAAUUCUUCUAUUGCUUAUAGCUCAAGACUCCGAGUCUUAUUAUGUUACUUACGACUGGACUUCCAUGGAAACGCUGCGAUCUGUGGAACCAAGGGUCAACAGUCUUAGGCUUUCUAACCAUUAUCGUCUGCCAACAGUUCUGAUACCCCUAAUUCACUCAACUUCUUUUAUGGUUGCAACACACUCGACCAUGUCCAUCUACAAAAAUGUCUUAAAUACAGAUGGGCCAAUCGCACCAAUGAACUGCCCCUUCCCAACUCUAGAACAUCGCCCGCGUUCGAGAAACCAAGUUUGGACUCACUGGGCUCGAGCCAGGCGAAACCGGAUCAGAAACGCCCAAUUUGACGAUAUUUACCUAUGCCGGGAAGAUGGUAUGAUUUUAUACCUAGAGAUAGGCAAGUCUGGAGAUAUAGAACGCCAGUCGAAUCUAGGUUCGCUUGGCUGUAACCUUGAUACUGCCUUCGCAAUUCUGCCGGAAGGAUACCAAGCCGGAGAUGUCCUGGUCACCGCCGGUAGCAUGUGCGGUGGCGGCCUCUUUAUUGAAGAUGCUCGAAAACCACCAAGGUGUAUACAGAGAGUCCCGAACUGGGGCCCUAUCUUAGAUACUGCUGUGAUAAAGGCAAGGCGUCCUACUACAAGCUCACUGUCGAAAGACACCCAACAAGGCAUGGGGCUACCAUUUGAUCGAAUCUUCACUUGCUCCGGUGUUGGACCCGAUCACGGCACUAUCUCCGAGCUGAGAUAUGGCAUUGAAGCACAAAUAGGCCUCAAUAUUGAACAUGGAGCUUGUUCAAGCAUAACAGGAGUAUGGGGAAUCUCUGUUCCUAAAGGAGAAGGUACCCUUUGCUUGCUAACAGACCCUAUGACGAGUUCUUUGAUCUUUAUACCAAUAAGUGGCACUGAAGAAGCAUUUGCUAUGGACGAAGAACGAAGUGGUUUAGAUCUCGAUCACCCAACGCUAGCAGCCAGUAUCACGCCAGACGGUAUUGUAAUACAAGUCACUGAUGCAUCAAUUCGGUUGAGCCAUGUUGUCUUCCAGCAGCGGUCUUCUAUAACAUGGGGUGAUCCAAACGACCGAGCCGUCGUAGCCUUCACCAGUGGGCCCCUUUCUCUUGUUGUCGUAGCUUUAAGAAACGGUAGCGAUGUUCGAGUGGAGCUCCGGAGCAUUAGUUCUGAUGAAAAUGGAUGCAAAUGUACCCUCAUUGGACCGCCUCUUGCUCUCGACCAGGAACCAAUUUGCUUCGACGUUGAGGAACUUGGCGGCAAAUUAUAUCUCUUUAUUGGUACAGGCGAAGGGAAACUCCUGAUUAUGGCAAUACAUAGCCUGGAAGGCUUGACUCCUCACCUUGAACGUGGGAUUAUGAUGAGCAAGGAUAACCUUGAUUCACCGGUGUUCGAAUCUCUAAAGCUCAUAUCCACUCCUGGUGAGGAGAAAAGGCUGAUGUCCUUAUUUUGUGGCCUCCGGAGUGGGCAUUUAAUUCCCUUCAGAAUCACUCAAGAUGAUACUUCAUUCGGUAAGUCAUUAACAAUUCUUGGGUGGUACCAGAACAGGAAUACUGAAAUGAUACAUGUUUCCAUAGAAAUACACCAAUUGCCACCUCAUAAACUCGGUGAAACUUCUGUUCGAAUUGGAGGCUAUGAAUCCGAUAAAACCUUGGCUGUUGUCUCAUGCGGUCCAGGCCUUUGGAGGGUAUCACACAGCCCCAUUGAGGCGUCAUUGCAUUACUCUCUAGAGAAAGUUUGGAUCACUGAUCAAAGCAAACCUGAAAAGAUGCAGCCUAUUGUCGACAUAUUCAACUGCGUUGAUUUACCUGCACAGGCACCAGCCACCGGCCUUAGUGGUUCGUUGUUAUGUAUUACCGACAAUACUCUCUUUGCUUGUAGCUUGGAAAAAGUUGCAAAAGCUGUUCCUCGCGAGAUACGUGUCCGGGGAAAUCCGAAGAGACUCGUAUAUUCCGAAUAUUUGAACAAGUUGAUUGUGGCUUAUAAUAGGGUGGACUUUGACUUCACUUCAUCAACAGAGGGGACCAAACGCUGGAUUUGGCCCAAGAUUGGGUUCCUAGACCCUGAUGGGGAGACGCUUAUUUCAGCGCCAAUCGAUCUCAGGGCUAGGGGAAACGAAUCGUCCGCACCUACAGUGCUCACCCGCCAACCUGUCGGAGCAUCCGGUGAAAAAGUGACAGCAUUGGUAGAUUGGAAAUUUUACGGCGAAGGCAAUGAGUACCACAUGAUUGUGGUAGGAACCUCCUUUCCACAGGUCGAGUACAAAGCAGGGAGAGACAUCUGUGUCGAAUACAGAGGGAGGGUUGUUUACAUUACAGUUCGACAAAACCCACCAGGUAUCGGGAAUAUUGAUUGCAUGACCAAACGCAUUCAUAUGUACAACCAACCAGUCCGAACAAUAACCUCAUUCGGACCGAGCUCCCUGAUCGUGGCCUCUGGAGAUGACUUGCUAAUGCAGACGCUGGAUCCGUCCACUCGAAAAUGGCGGAGCCUGGAGCCUCACCAUCUUGAAUCCCAUGCGGUUUCAAUCACUGUGAAAGAGCCCUUUAUUUACGUCCUGACCGCCCGCCACUCGCUUAUUGUCCUUCGAGCGACGCAAGAGGGGCUAAUUUUGCAUGCUCAAGCGGGCGUUGAUAAAGGGGGACUUGACCAUGUGAAUCUCGACGGAGAACUCAAGACUAUAUUCACAGCUAAUCGCGGGGGAGCAGUAAUUGGUCUAAGAGAGUUUGGAUUAAAAGAUGAUAGGCUGGUUAGACCGGUCUUUUCUGCCAUCACCCCUUCCGCAGUGGUACGAGUAUCUCGCAGUUUCCGGCCCCACUCCGGCGGUUGCGAGAUAGCCUAUGGUACAACACUGGAUGGCACGCUUUAUCGAUUCCAAAUGCUCACGGAAAACGAAUGGCGGAUCCUUCGAUUCAUUCAAUAUUCAUGUCUUGCGGACACCAAUAUCUGCCCAUUCCGCCGCAAACGCCGAAUGGCUGUGGACGAACUGUGCCCUUUGCCAGAUAAGCCUGAAUACAUGCAUAUUGACGGUGACAUUCUUGCUCGUCUUAUCAGCCGCGGGGCCAGGUAUCUUGAAGAUAUGAUGCGAAGGACCACUCCGGACAAUGCACCGCCUGCAUAUGCCGAGAAGAAGGUAGAAAGAUUCGUUGAAUUUGCCAGGCUGGUUGUAGGCGAGACCAACGAUCCAUUUACGGAUGUCCUGAUGUGGAUGGAGAAUAUGCUCCGGAUUGAAAUCUAGCACGCCACAGCGCUGCAUGUCUGGUGGAUAUCUCUUCCAUGGAAGGCGUACUCUCUUUUCCACUCGUGUUAUAGAAGAGUCGAUGCCGUACCUUGUCUUUUAUUUUUUUUCUCUUGUAGCUGUUCAUAGCGGGAUUCUUUGCUUAGGCUGUUACGAAAAAAAAGGGGGGGAGGGGAAACGGUGCACUACAUUCAACAUUCUACAAUAUAACGCUAUUUCAUCUUAGACUACAUCGCUUUCAGCUCCAGGAUAAAAAAAAUAAUGUCGAACAUUUACAUUUGGCCGGCAGCGCAUCCUUGCAGAUGAACUCGCCACACAAGUGAACAGGCUGAAGCGUACCCGAAAACAACCUACCUUACCCUUGGAUGGAAAAAGGAAAAAGGACAAGUACUAAUCACUGUCCUACCCCAGCCAGCAUACUGGAUGCCGCCUAAAAAUAUGAGUGUAAGGUGUCAGUAUAACUUCUACUUGUACGCUGAUCUAGAUAUCAAAUCCAGGG